AUGACAAGUCCAAGAAAAUUUGCCGAGAAAAUUGCGUUAAUGCAGCAAAAGGCUGCUGAGGGUGAUGCGGCUUUUUCAAAAAUUAUUUUUGAAGUUGAAGCAGCAAAACAACAUGUUGAAAGAUCCUCUGUUCCUACGGGAAACAAUAUAAUGUAUCAGUCCUAUGGAGUGAAUAAUUCUAAUAAUAUCGUGAGCGGCAAUUUUGAUUCAUUGGACAUACAUUCAGCAAAAUACGAUCAACAAGGUCUCGGUUUUCCGUCUCAUCUGAGUAUGACAAAAAACGGCAUGACACUUAUUCCAUCAGAUAAUCAUUCUAAUCAACAACAAAUCGAAAAUAAUGGAAAUUUAUCGGAGAGAUUACUACAGCCCCCUGAUGCACCAUGGCGAAGAACUCACUCGGAUUCAUCACUUCAUCAUACAGCGACAGUUCUAUUGCCGAUAAACAAUGAUAUGUCAGUGCUCUAUGAUUCACAAUGUUUAAAUCAAUAUUCGCAAGAACAAUAUCAUCAUCUCCAACAAUUCAACAUCACCAAUAAUUGUCAUAUAUUUGAUCAAAACAAUGAUAGUCAAAUUUAUAAUGACUUUACACAAACUAACAAUACUACGAAUACAAAUCAUCAUGUUUCUCAUACAAACAAUCCUCCCGUACGUUGCGGGAAUGUUCUCAUGAUACCUACGAGUCAACAUCCACCACACGGCGGUUCAUUGCCGGAUUUAUCAUCAUUCCAAAAUCAAUCAGGCACGUCUCAUCGACAACAACAGUCUUAUUCGUCAUCACCCUCCUCCUCUUCAUCAGUCUCACAACAAUUUAACCAGUUUCAACCGAAAUCUCCAACUCAUCAAAAUAAUUCAUCUGCGCCCGAUGAUCUGUUUUCAUUUGGUCCUCAACAGCAACAUACAUCGAAUGUUGGACCAGUCAGAGGACCGAGUCCAAGCAUUCGUCGCAGACAUAGCCCUAUAGGUGAUGGCAAGAACACUUCACCACGAAGACAAAAUUCACCAUCUCCUGAUGUGUGUCCGAAUCAACAAACUGUGUAUCGUGUUGAAUCAUCGAGUCCACAGUCACAAAGCAGUUACUCACCUCAGGGCUCACCGCAUUUAUUAGCAAGUCCAGCAAAUGAUAUAAGUCCAUUUUCACCGCAAGAUAAUAAUCAACAAUAUUUUACUUUACCAAAUCAAUUUGAUCAAAUAAGUUUGGAGGGUCCCUUUGUAUUUGCACAGCAACCAUCCAAUUCAUCCCAUAACCAAUUAAAUUCUUCUAAUGGUGUAUCGUACACCAAUUCCCAUCAGUCGGCAACAUCAACGUCGUCAGCAGCGCAUAAUUUAAACUGCUUACGACCCAGAACAUUUUUUCCAACAUUUAUCGAUGAUCUACGCCCUUAUUGUCAGUCUCAAACAGUGAUGACCGUAUCGACAAAUACUAGUCAAAAAUCACCAACUAUUCCAAAUAUUAUUCUCACUGAUGCUGACAGUGCAAAAUCGGAUUUAUCAAAAGAUUUAACCGAUUUUUCAAAUUCAUUUGAUAAUUUACUGAAUUCUGAUGAAUUAUUGGAUGAUAGUGAUUUUUUGCUCAAUUCUCCGGACCUUUCUGUUGAUCCGACUCUGUGUGAUGAUACAUUUCGAAUGGAACGAUAA